AUGACUACCAAAUCGACUGUCCUCAUCGUGGGUGGGACCGGAGCACAAGGAGCCGUAAUUACCAAAAUUCUUUCGGAAACAAACAAAUACUCAAUCCUUGUCUUUACCCGAAGCACUACCUCCGUUCAUGCCCGAGAGCUGGCUGCCCUUCCCAAUGUGGAACUCGUCUUGAGCAAAACGGAUGCUGGAUAUGACCUUGACGCCUUUUACGAAACUGCAAAACGUGCAGACGCAGUCUUUGUCAACACGGAUGGCUUCGCGUUGGGUGAGAUGGCAGAGACCUUUUGGGGCAUUCGCCUUUUUGAGACGAGUGCCAGAGCAGGGGUCAAGCACUUGAUCUACAGUGGAUUGGACUCCAAUGGCAAAGCAAGCGGGUAUGAUCCCGAGCUGUACGUCGGCCAUUAUGAAGGGAAAGCUCGAGUUCAAGAGUGGAUCAAGGCACAAGGCACAGACAGCCCGAUGGCGUGGACCAUUCUUCGUUCGGGACCAUACGCCGAAAGUCUUCACGAGCAUCUGCGUCCUCGUUUCACCCCCGAUGGAACAGCCGUAUUCGCCUUGCCUAUUGGCGACGAGGGCGAGAUCCCAUUCGUCGGCCUGGAGGAUUUCGGCCGCUACGUUGACUGGGCACUCUCGCACCGCGACGAAGCAAAUGGCCAAGACAUUGGUCUCGCCGUCGAGUUUGCCAGUCUAAGCAGGCUGGCCGCAGCGUAUACUGCAGUAACGGGGAAACCAGCAACGUGGAAGUCCAUCCCUGCCAAGGACUGGAACAAUGUAGCCUGGGCAAAGCUGCCAAACCAAGGUGCCACCAAGGUCGGCUACAUGUCCAUUAGCAAUCCCAAUGCGUUGAAUCUGAGCUACGAUCAAAACUUUACACAUUGGUUCAAUCUAUAUAAGUCGAGGAUUUUGAAGAGAGAUUUUGACCUGCUAGACCGGAUCCUACCCGGCCGGGACAGCUCUAUAGAGGGUUGGAUGCGAAGAGUUGGCUAUACUGGAGAACCAAAGACGGUUCUGAGAAGUACCCAGAAUCCCGGGCGAGCUGACUAG